AUGGUGGACGACUACGCCCCUCAACUCGAGGAAGACGAGCCUCUCGUAGACCACACCAUCCCCGUGGAAACGUCAAACCCCACCAAGGCGGGAAGUCCCGAAGGGUCGGUGAACGCGCACAACACUGCCGCAGCUACGGCGCCGGUCAAUGAACCGGUGGUUCCGGCUUCUUCGCCGGUUGAAGUAUCCGCAACUCCUGCGGUGCCAAAUCCCAUUGUUCCUCCGUCCAGUGGUGCCCCUAUUGACGCGGGAGCUACCUCCGAGGUGGAGGGUGUCCCGGUGACAACGGAGCCAGACAUACCGGCACCCGCGAGGGAGGCUUCGGGUGACUUUGCGGCCAUCGUGGGCUUCCUCCGAGGCAUCGGCGUGAUCGUUCCACCACACUGGACCAUUGAACAGGUGAAGGAUUAUGCCCACGCGAAUUUCGCGGAUAAUCAUUCCCGUAACCUUACGGCUGCGAUCGAGCGCCACCACAGGCGUGGCGAUCCGGAUGAUGCACCCGGUCUUGGUGCGAUGUAA